AUGAAAGCUAAUUUUCAAUAUUUUUUAAUGUUAAAUAUCGUUUGUGCAUUUGUAAUUGUAUCCACCAACCUGUCCUCAUCAGUAGCCCAUGCAGCAAUCGACUUGAAGGAAUCUUACAUAGGAUGCUAUCGAAACAUCAGCUCAACGAAGACAGUUGCAUCAGUUGGCUCAGUGGAUGAAUGUUCACUGGAGUGCACAGAUGAAAGUAACAAUAUGAUCGCUUUGAAGAGUGGAAAAGAAUGCAACUGUAUUGGAAGGUUAGAUUCGGCAGUGGCUUCAUCCCAGUGUGAUGUUCGUUGCGCCAAUAGAGAUGCUUGUGGUGGAAGGGACUCAUAUUCCGUUUAUAAAAGCAAGCCACGAAAGACGCACGAUGACUAUGCCAGUUUUGAAACACGUCAGACAGAUGUCAUUUUGAUAACGUUACCAAACACUUACACAUUUGAAAUGUGCGCACAUUUCUGUUUUGAGACAAAUUAUACGUUUUUCCAGAAGAUCGACCCGUCAAAAAGAUGCGGUUGCUUUCAAGAACAUGGUACAGGAAAUAGCUACUUCACAAAUUUAAUUUGUAUGACCUGCUCAAGUAACAGAUCCGAAGUUUGCAGAUGUUAUCAUCAGGGUCAUAGGGAAAAAAUAACGAUAUUCGCAACACGCUUCCAAUACGACUUCCAACGAGGAGUAUCGACUUAUUCUCACUGCAGAAACAGAAACAACGGAAGUUACGAAAUAACAGCAAACUGUCCCGAUGGAUGCGAUCCGGGAUGGAGAGGUGAUUCAUGCAGAGAAAGAGAUUGCUCAUCAGGUGGAGGAGAUUGUCCCGUUGGAAUGGAAUGUAUUGAGUCCACGGUGAAUGGUAAUAAGUACGUUGAAUGCGUCUGUCCCUCUGGUAAGGUCAGAAACAAAUGGUACCAAUGUGAGGUUUUCAGGAAGAAUUUAGCCUUGCAUAAACCUCCUUAUUACAGUUCACACAUUUACGAACACGACGGCGUGAUGGGUGCUCAUAACAAAAUACAUUUAACAGACGGCAACUAUGACGGCCACCACGUAUCCCACUUAUUUGAUGACAUGCCAUGCUGGAUGGCGGUCGACCUGCUUAGUUUAUAUUGCGUAGGAUUCAUCAGAGCAUACAACAGAAUAAGUCAAAAAACUGAAUUUCUGGAAAGAUUGGACAAGUUUGUUGUAAGGUUGAACGAAACGUUCGAUGUGAGCAAUAGAGAAGACAUCAGAGACAAAGUCAACUUGUGCGGGUACGGACCAGAAAAAGCGAUACAGGGCGGAAACCCCAUGAUUGUCUUCUGUGAGAACUUCACUAUCCUCACAAGAUUUGUUUUCAUUCAACCAUCUGACAAAGGAAUGGAAGAUGGUCACAGUGCACUCGCAGAGUUGGAAGUAUUCGAGGCUGGAUGCGAUCUUUUUAACGGGAGGUGCGGAGAGGUGGAGCCGUGCAGAGAAGUAAAGAAAAAAGGGACAGUCACCAUCAGUUGUUCAUACAAAACAACUACUGCAGCAAACGCCAAUGAAGCAAGCCACGCAACAACAGAAGCAAGCCACGCAACAACAGAAGCAAGCCACGCAACGAUAGAAGCAAGCCACGCAACGACAGAAACAAGCCACGCAACGACAGAAGAAAAUAACGCAACAACAGAAGCAAGCCACGCAACGACAGAAGCAAGCCACGCAACGACAGAAGAAAAUAACGCAACAACAGAAGCAAGCCACGCAACGACAGAAGAAAAUAACGCAACAACAGAAGAAAAUAACGCAACAACAGAAGCAGGCAGCGCAACAACAAAAGCAGGCAACGGAAAAACUGGGAAAGUUUAUGCAAAACCUCCGUCAAGUAAUGUAUUUUCAAUUGUAGGAAUCAUAGGUGCCAUACUAGUUGCUUUAGCUACGUGUGUUUUGGUGGUUAUGCUUUUGAAAAAGAGAAAAAAGAAAGAGGAAGAGGAAGAGAGAGAAAGCAAAGACGCGCAGUCGGAAGCUUCGCCUGAAGAAGAUGAAUUGUAG